CCGCAACCUCGCGCUGCCUGCCUGCUCGUCAAUCUCGCUACCUUCAUCCCCCCCCGGUCGCCUUCGCUUUUGCGCAACCAGAAAACGGAGGAUGCGCGAGACCCUGCCUGCGCAUCGUAUGACUCACACCGUUCGCGCCCGCCUCACUUGUUAAACAAUACCGCAAUCGAUCGACUUGCGAAACGGCCCCCCUCCCCCUCUCCGCGUUCGCCACCAGCACCAGAGCAGUCUAUAAGUGUUGUUGGUUCUCCGCUCUUUCGGUCGCAACGCACACGCCACCCGCCACGCGACGACGCGACGGACCACUACCCGCGUCUCGAGGGCUUUGGCGACGCCCGCUGCUGCUGCUGCUGCCUGCUACGCGCCGGACCCGGGAAGCGCAUUUCGCCGCGGCGCCGAAGUCGACAUUCUGCCCCGUCGCUGUUACUCCUCUACAAACUAGAAGCAGGCGGCGCCCACCGAAAUUGAGGAGGCCAUCUAUCCAACCGCUCACACACAGUCGAGCCCGGCGCUCAGAAACCUCGUCCAUCCCGCGAACAUGUCGCGCCGCUCGCGCCGCGGUGCCGCCAACGAUGCGGCGGGCGCGGGCCUCGCGCCCGAAGGCUCCCUCCCCGUCGACGGCUCCUGGCGCAUGGUCGAGGGCGAGCACGACAGCUUCGACACCACCAUCCUACCCUCGUCGCUGCCCGCCGCCGAUGACGACUACGACGGCAUCUUGAUGCCCCUGUCGAGCGGCCAGCCGUCCUCGGGCUUCCCCUCGCAGCUCUCAGCCGCCGGCGUCGGCGGAGGCGCAGGCUCGUCGUCGCAGUCGCAGUCGCAGCCCGGCGCCGCCGCCUCGCAGGAUAGCAUCCGCGACUUUGCCAAGCACCAGGACGACGAGCAGGUCAUCCUGCGCGAGCCGUUCCGCCCCAGCCUGGCGGUGUCGCGGCGCAGCAGCGCGCAGGGCAGCGGACUCGCCUACCGCACGCCCGAGCCGCAGUUCCGCAUGCCCAUGGUGGACGUGGUCGGCGGCGGUCGGAGCAGCAGCGGGAACAGCUCGCGCACGGUGCGCCCGUCGUACGGCUGGGCACGCGCCGACGAGGACGACGCGACCGACGACAGGUCGCUGCGCCGCCGCGCCAAGGGCGGCGCUUCGACCCUCGGCAGCCCGACGUCAAAGAACAGGGCGGCGGUGUUGGGGGCGCGCCGCCGCGGGGCCAGGAGGGAUUCCUUUGACGACGAGACGGACUACAAAGCGGCAGCGUCCAGGCAGCGUCGCGGCAGCCGCACGCAGGACGGCGACGGCACCCUCGAGGGGAUUAAGGGACACCUGCUCGCGGCCCUCCCGUCCACCGUCCACAAGCUUCUCGUCUGGGCCGGCGAGGUGGUGCUCAUCGCCAUGAACUACGCAAAAUACCCGCUCGGCGCGCUGCUCGCCGUCUACCUCGUCUUUGGCGGGCUCAUCAUCGCCCAGAACAUGGCCACGCACAGCCUCUACGCCGCCGUCUCGCCCCUGUGCCGCGUGCCCGGCGCGUCGCUGCUCGGCCUGCCAUUUUGCCCGCCGUCAUCCGCAUCGUCGUCGUUCCCCCUGUUCCCCAACGGCACGGCCAGGCCGCCGCACGACCACCAACAACAACAUCACGUCGAGUUCGACGAACUCAUGGGCGUGCAGUCCAAGUUCGAGCAGGUGCUCGAGAAGAGCGCCGACGGCGUCUCGCUGCCCUUUGAGAUGAAGCGCUCCGAGGCGGCGGUGCGCGACCUGCGCAGCCUCGUGCGCCACAGCGACAUCCAGGCGCGCGGCGAGCUGGUGCUCGAGUUUGACGGCUACAUCGACAUGGCCCGCCGCGCCGCCGCGGACCUGCAAAAGUUCAACACGCACGUCGGCUCCGCCGUCGACGCCGUCAUCUCCAUCAACCGCUGGACCUCGCGCUACAUCGACUCCCUGUCGCCCGAGGCGCUCGACGGCGGCGGCUUCGGCGGCGGCGGCGAUGGCGGGCUACCCUCGGCCCUCGCCGAGUGGACCGCCUGGCUCUUUUACCCCUUCCAGCCCGCGACGGCUGGCCACGACGAGCUCUUCAGCGAGCGCGCCAUCCUCGACAAGUACAUUGAGCACACGGCCCUCGUAUCGGACCGCAUCGCCACGCUCAUCCUCGAGGCGCAGGGCAUCCUCCGCCUGCUGACCCAGGCCGAGGACCACCUCUCGCUCAUCUACGACAUCACGUCGCGCUCCUCGUCCACCAUCGCCUCGCGCCGCGACGAGAUCCUGUGGACCGUCUGGACCCUCGUGGGCGCCAACUCGCGCCGCCUGCACAGCCUCGCCCGCCAGCUCGCCCUGCUGCGCCAGGUCGACGCCCAGCGCUCCUCGGCCGUCGAGCAGGUCAGCGCCCUCAUCCUCGAGCUCGAGGGCAUCCAGGCCGGGCUCGGCGACCUGCGCGACCGCGUCGCCGAGCCGGAGCUUGCCGCCGUGGCGGCCGGAGGAGCCGGCACGGGCACGGGUAGCGGCGGCGGCGGCCGCGCGCGCAUCCCCCUGAGCGUGCACAUCGAGACCAUCGACCGCGGCGUCGAGCGCCUGCAGGGGGCGCGCGCGAGGCUGCGCGUCGCCGAGGACGAGCGCGUGCGGGACGCCAUGGCUCGGGCCGGCAUCAAGAGCGACGAGGACCGCCUCAUUGACGCGGCGCGCGGCCGCUAAAGAACAAAGAACACGAAGAAGGAGAAGAAGGGAAAGAGACAGGCCGAUCAUGGCUGCCUGCCAACGUACCCACCUACCUACCUAUCUACCUCGGGUCUCUGCGCCGGGCUUGCUUCACAUCCCCCUGAGGACCAUUGACGCCCCCCCCCCCCCCCGGGCAGCACAGACGGAUGAGAAAGGAGGACUCUAGAAAGUAUAUCCGGGAACCAAACAAGUACAAAGUGUAAAGCUCGCGUUGUCCAAUUUUUCCAUGCCCGGAGUUUUUGGGUUGUCUUUUUUUCUUUUCUUUUCUCAAUUUUUUGUAACGGAACAUUUUUUAUCCCUCCUCCUCCACCUCAACCUUUUUGGUUCCUGGCCUGUUGUUUAGAUGCGUGAUGGAUGGACGAUCGAUGGAUGGAUGGAUUUCAGGCCGGCGUUUGUUGGAUUGAUUAAUCAGCCACGCGAUGUGCGAGGUAAGUUAGUUACUACUUGAAAGUAGGUACGGCAUAUAGUAUAUAUAUACUCAAGACGAUACACACGUCGUCAAAAUCACCACACACACACACACACACA